UUAGAAAAAGAUGAUUUACAUGGGAGUCAAUGGGGCAAAAAAUGCAGAGGGCUGUAACGCUACAAAAUUAUUUCAGUGUUGCAUUAAGUGGAGUAGGGUAAUUUUUAAAAUUAUUUUUGGUAUCCCCCCAAAAAUAUUAUUAUCCCCAAAAAAUAGACAAAUUGCAGUAGCAUAGUCAAAAUAAUUCACAAAAAUACACCUGUCAGUCAAAAAAAUGCACUUAAGACAUAUACGGUUUAAUCCAAAGACACUUUAGACAGGAAAUGUGUAUCAAACAAAUAUCUUACAUGUUUGCUAAAUCCCAUUGCAACAAGCUGGUAGCAAAAAAAACAAACAAACAAAAAAACAAGAGUUGAACAGCUGCAGGGGAUUUCAUGGUUCCGGCGGAUCAGUUAAUCCAACACUCUUGGACCGCUCUAGAGAACCUAAAUCAGCUAAUCUCGUGAUCGUCCGUAGCUAAAAUGUGCGUGCACAAGGGUCUGAGUUAGCAUAGCACAUUUUCUUGUCAUGUUUGUUUUUCUAAAAAUCACAAAAUUUGCAUAGAAAGUGAUUUAUGAUACUUUCAGGUCCUGUUUUGUUCAGACUAAGGAAGCAUGAUUUACAGCAUGACUGGAGUAAUGUUCUACUGGAACUUUGUGCAUGAGUACAACAACAGAGUAUGGUGAACAAAAUUAAAGUGAUUUGAUCUGAAUAAACAGUCUAAAGACUCUGAGAUCUCUGGAACCAGGACAGCCACUACACCCACCUCUGCUGAGAUGCUGCUAUGUUGUUAUUCUGGCAGGAUGACCGGCAGCCAAGGCCUGAUUGCAGAGGAACUUUCUGUGUUCUCUGGUUCCUUUAGAUAGGGACAUGAUUGCCAGUAGAGACAACAACAACAGGAGCCCUGGGUCAGUUCCAGAGUAGGCAGGGUACCUUUUUGCUGUACUGCGAUAACCAUGCUUCACUCAGAUAUUUACAGCAGCACAUUCUUCCUGGUCCCAGCCGCUCGUUUUCCACCAAGUCUGCUAUUGUUGCAACAAACGACUGAAAUAUGAGUUUACAGGCUAAGGUUUGCUGUGUGAGGUCAAAGCAAAACUAAGCGGUAGAACAUGCUCCAUCAGCCUUGACAUGCCAAGCACCAAAAAUACCGGGAGCUUUGCCAGAGCUGCUAACAGGACACUUUUUUUAACUACUGAUUUUUUCUUUUACAUUUUAUUAUUUCAACAAACUAAUGUUUUUUUUAGGGAAUUAGUAUUUUUUAACUCCUUGAUUAGAGUUGAGUCACAUUUUUAUUAUCAGGUAAAAGAAAAAUCGUAAAACACACGUGGAGUGUUAUGGGUAUCUUCUGCUUAUUUAAACGAAGUAUGGUUUGGCUUUAAAAUGAGUUAUUAAAGAACACCAAUUGGGGUUCACACUUUGUUAAUGAGGUCAGCAGGGUAGACCACUAUACCAAGGAAAAUUAUGAAUAGAACAAAUAAAGCUGUUGUAUAAUUCAAGUACUACAUCUGUUUCAAACACGCCUUAUUUUGACAAAAAUAAAAUCUGAAUUUAUUCCAUAUUUUGUUGAAGGCAUCACUGGGCCCUCCGUUGGGAGGGGUACUGUGUUUUCUUCCUCAAAGUGACCAAGCCUGGAAACUGCUCAUUCUGGAAGGUACUGAGAAUUUCAAGAUGAAUUCCAAUUCAAAAAUAUAUUAUUAAUCCCAGAUGGACAGUAAGUGUUUUUGUAACUCAUUCUUUAACGCAAUAGUAAAAACAAUAAAAUAAUAGCAACAAAAAUUAUUUUAUAUUAGUUCAUAUUCUUCAAUGUUGUGGGCAGGAAGCAUCUCCUGUAGCGGUCUGAAUUACAGCAAGUCCAAAGAAGCCUCUGACAGAAGAUACUCUGUUGUUGCAUGACCGUGCCAUGAAGAGGAUCCUCAGGGUUGUCCAUCAUUUUUUAAGUACCUGAGUACCCUCAGUGGCCUCAGUGUCACAUUGUAAUCAGCUCAUUAACCCAAAACACCUGCAGAUGGGUUCUUAGCCUUUAAAUGGUCUCUGUCUGAACAAAUGGGCUUUUGCACCAUAUUUUUGAGUACCCGUGCAUUGUUGUUUCAAUUAGUAGUCUACGAUUAAAAAAAUGACUAAAAUUAAUACACAAAUGGCUUUCCAUACAAAGGCUUUCCAUACAAAAGAAGCUCGUGUGGUCGCAUCGCUUCAAAGGGGAACCCUCGGCUGGUGACGUCAUUGCGCGCUCCUCAGGCUGCCCAGUUCAGCAGAGACAGAGGAUGAGGAGGACAUGAGCUGAACCGAGCUCAGGACACACAGGACGGACUUCUUAUCUAUAAUGAAUACAUUUGAAUUAUGCUGUCAUCUCCUCAGCAGAGCCAUGCUGAGCCUACAGCGCCCCCUGCUGGUGGUCCUCCUGUAUCUGCUGCUCCCCUGCAGCCACAGCAGGACCCUUUGGUACAACAACGGCUUUCACUACCAGGACAUCAGCAACGGGAACAGAAACGAAGAGAUUUAUUUCAAUGGGAUUAGUCUUCAUGUGGAAUCGUCCCAGCAUUCAGUGUCAGCCACCAGGGGGAGCAGUGCCACUCUUCCCUGUCACUACCACUAUGAGCCUGAACUAUCAGCCCCACGCAGAACCCGAGUCAAAUGGUCCUGGUUACCUUCCAACAUCAUCAACACACCCAAAGCCGUUGUCCAAGAAACUGAAGUGAUGGUUGCCAUGGGCAAUCAUCAUCGUACCUAUGGCAGCUUUAAAGGCCGCGUGCGCUUGCGACGCUCAGCUCCAGGAGACAUGUCUCUUGUGAUCAAUGAGCUGCAGCUGAAUGACACAGGGAGGUACCGCUGUGAAGUGAUCGACGGCCUGGAGGAUGACAGCGUGACUGUGGACCUGGAGCUGAGAGGUGUGGUAUUUCCCUACUUCUCUAAGAAAGGACGUUACCAUUAUAACUUCUUUCGGGCCCAACGAGCAUGUCAAGAUCAGGACGCUACUCUGGCUACGUUCGAGCAGCUUUUCACAGCGUGGGAGGAGGGGCUGGACUGGUGCAAUGCAGGCUGGUUGGCUGACGGUACAGUACAGUAUCCAAUCCAUGCCCCACGUGAUGGUUGCGGUGGGAAUUUAGCUCCUGGUGUGCGCAGCUAUGGACACAGACAUCGCCUUCUCCACCACUAUGAUGCUUUCUGUUUCUCUGCCACUGUCAAAGGGACAGUAUACUUCCUAAACCACCCAGCCAAACUCAAUUUCACAGAAGCGACUGAAGCUUGUGCCACUGAUGGAAGUCAAAUAGCCAAAGUUGGCCACCUAUACGCUGCGUGGAAGCUAACAGGAUUGGAUCGCUGUGAUGCAGGUUGGCUAGCUGACAAAAGUGUCCGUUACUCAAUCACACAUCCUCGGGCUAACUGUGGUCCACCACUACCAGGAGUACGCAGCUUUGGGUUCCCUGCUCUGUCCAUGAAAUUUGGUGUGUACUGUUAUCAGUAGAUGCCAUGACUCGGCCCAAGACAACAAGUCCCUCUAACAGUGAACUGGCUGAAAGCUCAAAGGUCUAGUCUGCAUGGCAAUUUUAAUCCAGGGACUUCUUAAAAAUGGCCUCAAUUCUAUAUCUUCAGAGAACCAGAUCCACAACAUUGAGUCUCACUAACAGUCUGUAAAGAUUAGGUCCCUGUUGCUCAAAACUCUUUAGAAAUUGAUCCCUUUCAUUCAGUUAUAUUACUCAUCUACAGAUGCUGGUAUAUUUGUAUUUAAGUAUUUUCUUAAGUUCACAUCAUGGAUUGGGUCAGGGUCAGUCAGGUUCUCCAUUUUCUGCAAUUGACAAUUCUUUUAUAUAAUUUCUAAAUAUUCACUUGUUCAUCAUAUAGCCAUGACAAUUAAGACACAUGAUAAAAUGCAUCUUUCUAUGCAGCAGUUUCUUAUUCUUAAAAAGGAACAAGAGAAACAAUCUAAACUCUUUGUUCAUCAGUUGUCCAAAAACAGACAAAAAAGACAACGCCUACAAAAAGAUUUGACAACAGCUUGAGAGCAUCAGCACGAAAACAAAAACACGAUAAUGACCGUAUCUUAAAUAUCACAUUGGAAGCAGCUGGACAUUAAGCUAUACCAGCGAAUAUGCUGGUCUCCUGCACAUACAACCAAGCCUUCUACUGUUGUAUAAAGUCCACUAUUGUCUCACAUGGAUUUCCAGUCAAAUCUGCUCACCAAACAGUAAAAAAGCAAGUUGUUUCUAAGUAAAAACCUGUAAAAAACAUUAUACUAAUGCCCCUGACAAAGCAGUCUUGCGACCAAAACCUGCAAGCUGCCAUUGAUCCACCUUGAGGGUGUGAACACAAAACAUUCAAUGAAACACACAACUGGUACCUUAGCAGCUGGUUUAGUUACAAAUAGUGUAAUAAAUAAACUUAACUUUUAACUCUUAAACUAGCUGAUCAACCACAUGGCACAGCUCAUUGUGUCCAUGAAUUUUUUUAAGAACAUGCAACAAACAUAACUGACCCCCCCCCCCCCCCCCCAUGGAGAUGUUUGAAUAAAAAAACUUAAUAUUUUCCUGUUUUACUUCAGUAUUGGUAUUAUUAAUUUUACAUUAUUAUUAUUAAUACAGUCACAUGAUUGUAUUUAAAUGAUAAUAAAAUGCAAGAAAGAUACAUUUUCUGUUGCUUUUUUCUUGGUGUGGAGGUUUAACAUUGAAGGGAAAUUUCUUAGACCAAAGUGGGAAAUGUUAACAUUUUACAACUUAGCUACAACCAUGAGUCAUGUCAUAAAAGGGUGCAAUACAUAGUGAAUGAGUGAAAAUUUUGAACACAGUAAUAACAAAUCCAAGAAGACUCGCAUCUAUAGAGGACUUUUUCAUAGGGCUGUAAUCUUUUAAAAUGUCAUAAUUUAUACAAUUAAUAUUUAAGCUGUGACAAUGCCAUGAAUUUUACAUUACAUUGUCAUUGUGUGUAAACAUGUUGUGAAAUCCCAACAGGCAGCGCUUGAAGUAGACGAUUAUACGUAAGUGCCGUCCCCUUUAAGAAAAGUCGCACCUGGGGUGGAUGGGCAUGGAUCUCCAUAGUAUGGGGGGCGGAGGGCUGAGCAUACAAGUGGGGGAAGAGCCCCUCCGUUAACCAGAUGGGGUGAGGGACUACGGACAGAUGUUGUUUACCUGAAGGUGAACAGAUUAUUUUUCUGUCAUUUUAGAGGUUUUUGACUGAUAAUUGGCUGAAAACCCAUUGGUACACACUAUACAGCUGAGAAAAGCCCCAGUAUGCUAAGAGGUAAAACGUUAAAGUGCUGGUACUGUGUACUGUUGCAUACCAGCCCUCUUAAAGCACUGCACACAGGAAGUGCUCCAGAUUUCAGUGGAGUGGCUACAGCUAGCUAGCUAACAUUUCAUAAUUUCACAACUUACCACAAGGUGUAGUGCAAAUACCAGAGUGAUAUAAAACUGAUGAUUGUGUAAUGGUCUAUGACGUGGUAUUUACAUGACCUGGUAUAAAAUUCAGCCUAGCUAUUAGCCUGUCAAUCCUGCAAGACUGUCUUCUUUUGGUUGUGCAUUAAUCUCUUGUUUGACCAUUUACAUAGUCUGUCUCAUGAGUUUCAUACAUUCAUAGUCUUGUGCUGUACCUGGAGUCCCUUUGAUGAUUUAGGAAGAAUUCAAUUGUUUCUAGAUAUUUGUGUUUAUAAUAAACAUUUCUAUCGCAUUAUUGUUUUGUUGGACAUUCACUAACUAGCUUGUGUUUACCAGUGUGAAACAUGUUAUUCUGUAAAAGUGCUCUGUAGACACCUUGAGCUCUGCUUUUCUCUGUUGUUAUAUAUGAACUGUCACUUGAAAGAAGAAAUAAUUAUUUCCCUCAAAUGUUUUAUUUGUUUCUUGGCAUUUGUAUUUUCUACAAAUAAAACCUACUGAAAAAUA